AUGCUAUUCUGGCCAUUGAUCACCGCUACUGGCGUGCUCUUGCUCUGCCGCCGCCUCUACUACGAGCUCACACUCGGAGCGGAAAGACGUCGGUUCAUGAAGCAGUAUGGGUGCAAACCCAUCACCAAGAUUCAAGGAUGGGAUCCGAUCUUCGGCCUCGAUAUAGUCAUCAGCGUGGUGCGAUCCUACGCCAACAACACCGUACUGCAGAAAACAGCUAGGAUGUUAAAGGAGUACAGAAACACUAUUCGGCUCAGCUUCUCUGGGCUGCCGAUUAUUAUGACAAUCGAGCCCGAAAAUAUCAAGUAUAUGCUGGCCCUCAGCUUCAACGACUGGGAGCUCGGCAAACCUCGUCGCGAGAGACUAGGUAAACUAGCAGGAAAGGCAAUCUUCACUACCGAUGGCAAAGAUUGGGAGCACUCUAGAGCCCUCCUUCGACCAAACUUCAUCCGAAAGCAGUACCAGGACCUAAUUGCUCUGGAGGUACACGUUCAACACUUGGUCGACCUGAUUCCCAAGAAUGGCGAGACUGUAGAUCUUCAAGAGAUGUUCCUGCGCUUUACCAUCGACUCUGCAACCGAGCUCCUGUUCGGCAAGUCUUGUGAAUCGUUGCUCCCAGACUCCAGUACUCCUGUCAACUUCGCGAACGCCUUCGAUAGCGCUCUCCUUGAGCUGCGGAACCAGGAGAAAUGGGGUCCCCUCGGCCGCUACUUCAUCUCAGACAAGCCAUUCCAAAGACACAUGAAAAAUACGGACGAAUUCAUCUACGGAUACAUCCACGCAGCCAUCGCUCGCCAGCGACAGAGCAAGCUGUUCGACAAAACAGCCGGCGAGCGAUACGUCUUCCUAGACGAACUGGCCAAAGAAAGCCAAAAUCCUAAAGUCCUCCGGGAUGAGAUUAUUAGCGUCCUUAUUGCUGCACGCGACACCACUGCUACGCUAAUGAGCAAUCUGUGGUUCACUCUUGCCCGUCAGCCCGAAGUCUGGGCCAAGCUCCACGCCGAAAUCUCCCUUUUAUGUGGAGAAAUCCCAACGCACGAGCAGCUCAAAGACAUGAAGUACCUCCGCUGGUGCCUCUCCGAGACACUGAGGCUCUGGCCCCCUGUCAAUUUCAAUGGCCGCAUGGCCGUCCGAGACACCUGGCUUCCGCUCGGGGGUGGUGCAGACCGCAAGUCACCCAUUUUCGUGCCUAAGGGUCAAGAGGUCUUCUGGUCCACCUAUGCAUUGCAGAGACGCAAGGAUAUUUACGGGCCUGAUGCGGAGGAGUUCCGCCCAGAGCGGUGGGAGAGCAUUCGCCCUCACUGGGAGUAUAUUCCGUUUAGUGGCGGUCCGCGAAUCUGUAUUGGACAGCAGUUUGCUCUCACGGAGGCGGCAUAUGUUACUGUAAGGCUGGUGCAAAAUUUUCCGAUUAUUGAACAUCGGGAUCCAAAGCCUUGGACGGAGCAUAUUACUGUUGUUACCUCUAGUAAGUAUGGGACUCAGGUUGGUUUGCGGAGGGGGUGA